GCAUACCAAACGAUUCAGUAUGUUGAAAAUACUUUCGCUACACGACUUCGAUUGUCCCUCGUUCGAUGAACCCGCUACUGUCGGAUUAAUAGGAAAAGCUGUGCAUUACUGCGAGUAUGAAAACUUACAUGAUGAAUUGCAACCGUUUUCGAAGUUCGUGCGAGACUAUCCAGAAGUUUCGAUUGCCCCGGAUAUUCUUGCUACCCGCGAAACAGCACGUACUAUUUGCGCCGGUGAUUUAUUUCUACCAGUUCAUGACAGUAUCUUUAAACGAAUCGCCAGUGUAUGGAGAGAAAAGGGACUGGCAGAAGCUAUUUGCCUUGCUGCAUCCACGGAUCCCCAAGAAGUCACAAAAGUUGUACAUUGGAUCGCUACAAGACUAAAAUGGGUAUUAGACUUAAUGGAUAAAGGAAUAUAUCAAAAAGAAAUUUUACCUUCUACUGGGUCAGGGUCAGUUGCAGAUGUUGUUAAUACGAGGGACUGGGAUGUGGCACUUAUUAGAUGUCUUUCUUGGCAUCCACAUUGUCCACGGCUAGCAGUGGUCACAAGAGAUGAUCGUAUACGUAUCUUCUCUCAAGGUGUACCGGUUGUACCAGUCUUAAGACACAGUGCUCAAAAAUCAGUUUGUUGCAUAAGCUGGAGACCAUUUGCUGGCAAGGAAUUGGCAGUGGCAUGUCAAACAGGUGUUUUAGUCUGGACAAUAGAAUUAAGUGCAGCCAGUAAUUCACUUAGUCAUGCAGUGUUACUGAAGCAAAGAAAUCAUGUACCUGUUACAAGUGUUACAUGGCAUCCGCAGGGUGAUUUGCUGGUGUCGUGUUCACCGGCAGACACUAACAUGAUUAUUUGGGAUACUUCUAAAAGGGAAGGUGUUCCUCUGAAGCGAGUCGGAGGUGCUGGCUUAUCUUUCACACAUUGGUCACCUUGUGGUUCCCAAUUGUUUGCUGCUACAUGCAGAAAUAUAUUCAGAGUUUGGAAUACUGGAGCAGCAACAAUGUGGCCUACAGAAAAAUGGACUGUGCCAAAUGGCCGUGUGGCAGUUGCAUGUUUCGGGCCUAACUUGACUUUACUAUUUGCAUCGACUGAAGAGUCCGCAACAAUCUUUGCUCUACCAUUGCAAGAAAACAUCUUUGAUGUCCAAAAGACAUCCACACUCGAUACCAAAAUAGCCGUUCCUCUAAUAGACUUGACAAAAGUCAAUUUCUCGUCCGAUGAUGAUUACGUUGCGGUCGGUGGGCGAGUAGUUGCAAUGGAAUGGGAUCCUACAGGGAGAUACCUUGCCAUACUCUUCCAGGACAGCCCAUUGGUUGCAUUAGUGAAAACCAAAGUGGGAAACAUGUCACGAGUCAUCGACAUCAAACCCGGUUGUCUCAUUAAAGGAUUUCCUGGCGAAGUUCCGAAUUGUAUGAAUUUCUACCAGAGAUACGACAGCCAGUCCCCCGCAAUUUGUUUAACAAUCGCGUGGAGCAGUGGCCGCGUACAACACUUCCCUAUAGUCGAGAGAGAAUCUGGGCCGAACAUGAACGUAACUAGCUCAUUAUUGCCGCAUUCGUUCUCAAUGAGACACGACGCGUACAACUUCGAUCUAAGUGCUACUUACACCUAACGUUUAUAAUCUGUUAAUCUUGUCACGAGUUAAGGAUCUACGAAAGUUUCAACUCCGCGUUUUUAUACACCGUCUAACAUUUGUACAUAUCAAUGCAUACGUAAGGAUCCACAUAUUUUUGUUAAGUCGAGCGUGAAAAACGAAUAAACCGUACUGUGAUCCGACAAAAAUUAUAUAAUAUUUCAUAACCGUUCCGUCGGCGUUCUUACAAGGAAAAAAAAACCGAGAAUCGUUCGGUCCUGAGUUAGGCUCACUCUAACGCUCUAGCCUCUUAACGUAUGGGAUAUACAACGCGACGGCUCGGGUUCGGUACCUAAUUAUACGAAGUCACAUGCAGAGCGCGCGUCUUUCUAUUUUUACGUCGCUUGACCGAAUGCUGAACGCCGACACGUACGUGCGUGAUGCGUCCCGCACUAUUUCCAAUAGCGUUCUGUCUACUAUCCUCGCAACCGUUGCAACUCCAAACACAAAUUAACCGCUCCAUCGUUCUAGAAACCUCCACGUCCUAAAUAUACAUUCCUCGAGCAUAGUCGAUCAUUUUCUGGCCGACACUUUAUUUACGAUCGCAGACAAAACAUAUUCCACAAGCGUGAAAUAUAGAGGAAAAUUCUAUAAUUGCAACUAACGCCCUGGAUUUAUAACGGCGGUAUGCAGAACCUAACCACAUACGCUCUAACGACGGUGA